AUGAUGUCGUCCCAUGACACAAUUUCUCCGCUCUCGAGUCCGUUGAACAUCACGUUGGGCGUCUCGCACACCCACGUCCCCACUGAGUCCCGACCUGGUCAUGUCGCUCUCAUCGCGGGGUUGUACGAAGACGUGGCUGCAGUAUCAACAGGAUGGCAAUUCAACCCGGCCAACUUCAACAGCGUCUUCGAUAGAAGCCAGCAUAUAUCAGAUCAUUCGCUGAUGCCAAUAGAGCACGACGGAAAAUUACAGGAAAUAUUAAAUGAGGAUCAGGAUGACUGGGUGUGCUACUUCUCCAUAUAUUAA